AUGGGAGCCUUCAAUGAAAGAAAUGGUUUCGGCCGUGAAAACGAAGUGGAAAUCCUCGAUAUUAGAGUUAAUAAGGGAGGCCUUGAGUCAUCUCUAAAGGAUGAUAUUGUAGCUGGUCUAAAAAAGGAAGCGGGAGAAAAGACCCUUCCGACCCUGUUACUUUAUGACGACCGUGGCCUGAAGCUCUUCGAAGAGAUCACUUACCUCGACGAAUAUUAUUUGACCAAUACAGAGAUCGGAAUACUCGAGAAAUAUGCAGACAACAUGGCAGAGAGGAUUGAAGAUGGUGGAGUUGUUAUAGAACUGGGGAGUGGAAACCUCCGAAAAGUGAACAUCCUUUUACAUGCCCUUGACCGUCUGGGUAAAAAAAUCACAUACUAUGCACUUGAUCUGGACCGUUCCGAACUGGUGCGGACUUUGCAGUUGAUACCCGCCGGAACGUUCAAAAAUGUUCGCUGCGUCGGCCUGCAUGGAACAUACGACGACGGGAAAGCCUGGUUGAAAUCAUCUGCAACUGCAAACGACAAGAGCCGCUGCAUAUUGUGGCUCGGUUCUUCGGCCGGGAACUUCAAUUUGAGGGGGGUUGCUGAGUUUCUGAAGGAAUGGGCAGCCGAUGCCCUGCGUGUUGGAAAGCCCGAUUGUAUGCUGGUUGGCCUUGAUGGCUGCAAAGAUGCGGAGAAAGUCAAGUUAGCGUACAACGACCCUAAGGGGAUCUCGCGGGACUUCACCCUGAACGGCUUAUGGCACGCAAAUAGUGUAAUGGAGAAGGAGCAUUUUGUUCCCGGGGAAUGGGAAUUCGUCGGGGAGUGGAAUGCGGAAGAAGGAAGACACCAGGCGUAUUAUGAAGCUUUGAAAGAUAUUGCCUUUGACGGUGCUCUCGAGGGUGUUAUGGUAAAGAAAGGGGAAAGAAUCAAUGUCGAGUAUAGCUACAAAUUUGAUGAGAACGAAUCGCACUUACUUUGGGAACAUGCUGGGCUGGCUGAUGGAGCACGGUGGUCUAACGACGCCGGGGACUAUUAUCUUCAUAUGCUUUACAAACCAAGAUUCAAUUUCCCGCUAGGGCCACCCUCGCUAUAUGCCCCGAGUCCAACACCAACAGUGUCGGAAUGGACGGAAUUAUGGGCGGCGUGGGACACUGUGACUCUUGGGAUGAUUCCCAAGGAUAAACUCCUCACCAAACCAAUCGAUCUUCGAAAUCCAUGCAUUUUCUACAUUGGACACAUUCCAGCCUUUUUAGACCUUCAGGUCUCUCGCGCGUCGGAUGGAAAGAUGACUAGCCCGGGGCAGAAAUAUCAAGACAUCUUCCAGCGCGGAAUCGACCCCGACGUCGAUGACCCCAACCAGUGCCAUAAACACAGUGAAAUACCGGCUUCCUGGCCUGAAUUAGAUGAAAUUCUAGAUUACUCUCGCAGAGUUAGAGCGAGGACCCUGGCGCUAUACGGCACAGACGGGGUGGCUCGUGUAGACUCUAGGUUUCCUAAGCUUCAACGCGCCCUUUGGUUGUCAUUUGAACAUGAGGCUAUGCAUUUAGAAACACUUCUUUAUAUGCUUCUACAAAGUGACUAUACCCUCCCACCACCCGGUGUUGUUAAACCCGACUUCGUCUCUGGCAGAGAAUGGGAAGUGAGAAGAGGAGCAAACGCCAAAAACGCCGAUAAAUGGACUGAAAUCCCAAAGACGAUUAUUAGUGUCGGUAUUGACGACCAUGAAACCCAUACAUCUAAUGGCUCGGCUGGUAAUGGGGACUGUGGUUAUCAACAGCGAUACUUCGGAUGGGACAAUGAGAAACCGGUACGCCGCGGCAUUGAGGUGCCAGCGUUCAAGGUUAGAUCACAUCCCAUCACCAACGAGGAAUAUGCCAAGUAUCUUCAUGCACAAUCCUCCAACAACAUUCCAGCUUCUUGGACUUUCUCCGGACCAAAGUCGAACGGGGCUACUUAUCAAAAUGGCAACGGUAUCAUUCAUCACAACGGAAACGGGGCCACCUAUCAAAACGGGAACGGCACUAGCCAUCAAAACGGGAACGGCACAGCCAGCUCAUUUGAGCACUUCCUCUCCUCUUUCUCCGUCAAAACCGUCUUCGGCCCCGUCCCCUUAAAGCUCACCCGCGAAUGGCCAGUCAUGGCAUCCUACGACGAACUCCUCGGCUGCGCAAAGUGGAUGGGCGGAAGGAUACCCACCGCAGAUGAAGUGCGAGCCCUAUAUGAGUAUGCCGAAUCGUUAGACGUUGCAGAGAAGACGCUGGGGAAGCGGAUCGAUGCUGUCAAUGGACACCUAAUCAACAACGGCGUCCGCGAGUCCCCCCCAAACCCAUCUUCCACCUUCGCCGACAUCCGGGGCAACAACGUCGGCUUCAAAUUCUGGCACCCCACGUCGGUCAUUCCCAGCGCUGGGGGGGCACCACUCGGGCGUUCCGCAACAGGCGGCGCCUGGGAGUGGACUAGCACAGUCCUAGAACGCCACGAGGGGUUCAAGGAGGACGAGAUGUAUCCCGAGUACACCGCGGAUUUCUUCGAUGGCAAGCACAACGUGAUGCUCGGCGGAAGCUGGGCCACUCACCCGAGAAUUGCAGGAAGGAGGAGUUUUGUCAAUUGGUACCAGCGCAAUUACAAGUACACUUGGGCCACGGCCAGGAUUGUAGCCCUAGAAUAA